AUGGCUCCCGGGCUUUUACUUUACAUACUAUCAGCCUGGGCAAAGAACCGCUAUAUGCCGGCUUUACGCUACCGCAAACCGGUGUUUUUUCGGAUCGGCCGGACUGCUAUACCUGCCUUUACAUUAUGGUUAUGUGCCCCGCUGGCUGGCGGAGAGAAUGGCCCGGCUGGGGCUUGCCAUUACGGAGUCGGUACUGGCCGAAUACGGGGCGGAAGCCUUUCUCAGCCGCAUGAGCAGCCCCUUCUGGUUCCAGAGCCUGGGCGCCGUAAUGGGGAUGGACUGGCACUCCUCCGGCAUCACCACCUCGGUGAUGGGGGCGCUUAA